AUGUAUCAGAUCCAAGGCGGUGAUGAUUGCUACAGUAUCUCCAAGGCUCAGAGUGUCGGUACAGCUUGGAUGCUGUCUGACAACCACCUCGGUGCUUAUUGUUCCGAGUUCCCAACUUCGGGUAGUCUCUGCAUCACCAACACGUGCAAAACUGUCACAGUGGCUGUCAACACGACGUGCACAGCCAUCGCCACGGCUGCGAACAUCACAGAGCCACAGCUGCUGGCUUGGAAUCCUGUCAUCAACCCGGUCUGUUCCAACCUCGAUAUGAUGAACGGCACCACGCUCUGCAUCGAACCACCCGGACCCAAGCUGCCGCCCGCCCAAACGACGGCUGUUCCUCCAUUAACGCCUACCACUGCUGCUCCGAUACCCUCCAAUACUGCUAUUGGAUCUGACAAGCCCUGCGGCCGAUGGUACGAGGUUGAGGCUGGCGACUAUUGCAACCUGGUGACUCUCAAGUUUGCCAUUUCUCUCGAGGACUUCAUGUUCCUCAACACAGGCAUCAACUCCAACUGCACCAACCUCUUUGCCAAGGAAAGCUACUGUAUCCAGGCGGUCGGUGACAUCAAUAACUAUCCUGGCCGUCCCGGACAUGUCUCCGUCACCAUUGACCCCAACGAAUCCUUCACCGGCGUCCCCUUCACCAUGCUGCCCAACGCCACCAUGACCCUGGAUCCAAGACCGACCCAGCUCCCGUUGGCUACCGGCGUUCGCGACGAUUGCUUCUUCUACUUCAAGGGCGAUGAGUACCAGUACUCGCCUGAUGUCUUCGGCUUCUGGAACAGCAACUGCGAGAUUGCGGCGUCCAACUACAAUGUUGACUUUGACAGCUUCAUCGCCUGGAACUCGCUCACAACAAACGUUACGAACCCGUCAUGCGUGUUCCAGGUCGGCCUGCGGUACUGCGGCUCCUGGGGUCUGCCGCCCACACAAACCACCACCGAGGACGCCGAGCCCACUGGGGCCGGACCACAGCCGCCAGGGCCCACGCACGAAGGCCAGCCGGCAGACUGUGACGGCUGGCAUGUCGUAUCCAGCAGUGACUCGUGCCAGUCCGUCGCCGACAACGCCGGAAUUUCCCUUGCGACGUUCCUCGAGUGGAACCCGGCCGUCAGCGCCGACUGUACCGUGAACUUCUGGCUCGGACAGGCCUAUUGCACGCAUAGAGAGGGCCAGGGCAUCAGCAUCACGGCCUCGCGGUCUGCUUCAACCACGGCGUCGACGACGGCCAAGCCCACCCCCCCGGCUCCCACGCACACCGGCCAACCUGCCAACUGUAACAAGUGGGACGUCGUGGUAAGCGGCGACAGCUGCGGCUCCAUGGCCGCGGACAAUGGCAUUACCGUGGACCAGUUCUACGCUUGGAAUCCGGCGGUAUCCAAGGACUGUGUUACCAAUUUCUGGCUUGGGCAGGCGUACUGUGUCGGCGUAUCUGGGGCUGGUUCCGGUGUCACAACAACGAGAGCCUCUACCCCCUCUACAACGGCAGCCCCGACCCCUCCAGCGCCAACGCACACGGGCCAGCCCUCAGACUGCAACAAGUGGGACGUCGUGGUAAGCGGCGACAGCUGCGGCUCCAUGGCCGCGGACAAUGGCAUUACCGUGGACCAAUUCUACGCUUGGAAUCCGGCGGUAUCCAAGGACUGUGUCACCAAUUUCUGGCUAGGGCAGGCAUACUGUGUUGGCCGAUCUAGUGUCGGGGGCACCCCUACCACGACAGCGAAGCCGACGACAGCGAAGCCAACCCCUCCAGCGCCGACACACACGGGUCAGCCAUCAGACUGCAACAAAUGGGACGUCGUAGCAAGCGGCGACAGCUGCGGGUCCAUGGCCGCAGAUAACGGUAUUACCGUGGACCAGUUCUACGCUUGGAACCCGGCGGUAUCCAAGGACUGCGUGACAAACUUUUGGCUGGGGCAGGCAUACUGCGUUGGCCGAUCUAGUGUCGGGGGUACUCCAACUACGACAGCGAAACCGACCCCUCCAGCGCCGACGCAUACGGGCCAGCCGGCUAAUUGUAACAAGUGGGAUGUUGUGGUCAGCGGCGACGGCUGCGCGUCCAUGGCUAGCGACAACGGCAUCACACUUGAUCAAUUUUACCGCUGGAACCCUGCCGUCUCGAGGGACUGCGUGACAAACUUCUGGCUCGGCCAGGCGUACUGCGUUGGUGUUUCCAGCUAG